CAGUCUGCUCUGUGCCUCCAGCUGAGCAGGGGACCCGCGCUUGGGGCUUGGGAUCCGAUUUGCUUCCACCAUGAGCUGCAGCAUCAAGAGAACCUCCAGUACCUCCUACAGGAGCGGUGGAGCUGCCUGCGGGGGUGGCGGUGGUGCUGGUGUGGGCAGGAACUCUUCGGUGUCCUGCCGGCGCUACGCAGCCUCCUGCUAUGGGGGUGGCAGCUACGGGGGGUCAGGGGGCAGCAUGGGCUACGGAGGGGGCAUGAGCGCUGGCAGCAUGGCAGGAGGCCUCUGCGGUGGCAUAGGAGGAGGCUUUGGUGUUGGUGGGGACCUGCUGCUGAGCGGCAACGAGAAGGUGACAAUGCAGAACCUCAACGACCGCCUGGCAGCCUACCUGGACAAGGUGCGGCGGCUGGAGGAGGAGAACGCGCAGCUGGAGCAGCACAUCCGAGAGUGGUACAGGAAGCAGGCCCCUGCUGCUGCCAAGGACUACAGCUCCUACUACCAGGCCAUCGAGCAGCUGCAGAACCAGAUCAUUGCUGCCUCUGUAGACAACAACAGGCUGCUGCUGGACAUUGACAACAGCAAGAUGACAGCUGAUGACUUCAGGAUGAAGUAUGAGAACGAGCUGGUCAUCAGGCAGACUGUGGAGGCUGACAUCAAUGGCUUGAGGAACCUCCUGGAUGACCUCACUCUGGUUAGAUCUUCCCUGGAGUCUGAGCUGGAGUCCUUGAAGGAUGAGCUGAUUGCUCUCAAGAGAAACCACGAGGAGGAGCUGAGGCAGCUGCAGGCACAGACUGGUGGUGAUGUGAGUGUGGAGGUCAAUGCUGCCCCUGGAGAGGACCUGACCAAGAUCCUGAACGACAUGAGGCAGGAGUACGAGCAGAUCAUCGAGAAGAACCGCAGGGAGGUGGAGCAGUGGUACGAGGUCAAGAUCGAGGAGGUCAAUCGCCAGGUCACCUCCAGCAGCCAGGACAUCCAGAGCAGCAGCCAGCAGCUGGCCGAGCUCAGGCGUGAGAUGCAGAACCUGGAGAUCGAGCUGCAGGCUCAGCUCAGCACCAAAAACUCCCUGGAGAACUCCUUGGCAGAGACCGAGUCCCGCUACGGCUGCCUGCUGCAGCAGCUGCAGAGCCAGAUCCACUCGGUGGAGGAGGAGCUGGCCAGCAUCCGCUGCGAGAUGGAGAGCCAGAGCCAGGAGUACAAGAUGCUGCUGGGCAUCAAGACCCGCCUGGAGCAGGAGAUCGCCCAGUACCGGGCACUGCUGGAGGAAGGGCAGCAGGACAUCGUUGCUUCCCAAGGAGUUGGGAAAUCCUCCCAGGCAUUUUCUUCCACUUACUACUCUCAUUCCCCGGGUGGAGACAUGGCAGGACACUCACGAGUGUGCUAGAGAGAGAGCUGAAAGCCACGGUGCUGGCACCCUCCAGCCCAGAAUCCCUGACCAUGGGCAAGGACAGACUGAACCCAUCUGCAGCACAGCUGGUGCCAGGGGAGGGAGCUGGAGCAGCGCCUGGGCUGCUGCCUCCUCACCCCUCUGCCGUUCUGCAAAGCUUCUUGCACUCAGCUUCUCUUGGGGCAGGGCUCCUAAGGGCUUCCCUGCUGCUGCUAGCACAGCCUCAAUAAACCUUCCCUCUGCAAUGCAAACCAAA